GAAUGAACAAGGGAGAUGUAUGGUGUCCUGCUUAUGCUCACUGUUAUUGAGAGAACUGAGACUCGAGUUGUGCACAGGGAUUUUGGAUUUAUUGGAUGUUCUGAUACAGAGAAAGAAGUUUUGUAUGGAUCUGAUGGAGAGGAAAUGGUCCACUUAGACUUCAUUAGAAAAAGAGGAGUACCAACAGCGCCUGACUUUGCAGAUCCUGUCAGCUUUUCUGAAGCUUAUGAUGCUGGUGUUGGUUUAUUAGACCUCUGCAAACUUAACUUAGACGUAGACAUUAAAGUUUACAAACCCUCGGUCGAACAACUAGACAUCCCAGAUACUUCCAUCUAUUCGAAAGAUGACGUGGUGCAGGAUGUUGAGAACACCCUCAUCUGUCAUGUGACUGGAUUCUUCCCUCCACCUGUCAAGGUGUCAUGGACUAAAAACAAUCAGAUUGUGACAGAAGGCACGAGUCUAAGCCAGUACCGCUUAAAAGAUGACGGCACCUUCAACAUCUUCUCUGCUCUGAAGUUCACGCCUGAAGAGGGAGACAUUUACAGCUGCACUGUGAACCACAGAUCCAUUCCAGGCCAACCUAAAACCAAAACAUGGGAUGUUGAUGUUGCCCUCCCCAGUGUUGGUCCAGCUGUGUUCUGUGGAGUGGGUCUGACUCUUGGACUGCUGGGAGUCGCUGCUGGAACUUUCUUCCUCAUUAAAGGAAACAACUGCAACUGAAA